AUGAAGAUCCAUGCCGAACGCGGCUAUUCGUGCCGACAGUGUGGGCGUUCAUUCACGCGGCAACAAUCACUUGAUGAACAUGCUCUCAAAUGUAAAACGAAAAGCACCUCCGGCGCAGCCACGCCUCCGAUGAAAAUCGAGCAGCCGUCUCCAGUGUUUCCACUGAUUUCCCAACCGUUGCUCAACUUCAAUCAGAAACUUGCUAAACGCUCGCUGCGCUAUUCGCUCGGCCAAGCAGCUCAGCUGCCACCGCAGCCAGCCGCUCCACCGCCACCACCGCCACCGGCCCCGACAGCGCAAUUGAUGCCGUCACUGUUUUGCGCACUCUGCAGUCGUGCAUUCCCGAACCAGCCGGCGUUCGCCGUUCACAUGUACGUGUGCCAUAUUCAGAACAACAACGUGGCUGCUGUCGCCGACGAGGCGAAACUUCCGGUAUUAGCACCCGUAAACCCCAUCAAGACAGAUCCCGAAGAAGUUCAUGUCAACAUUCUAUCGACUGCAACCAACUCCUCCUGCUCUUCGAGUCCUCAAGAAACAUCUUCGACGGCUUUCGCUGAGACAUCACCGAGCAAUACCGAAGAAGUGACGGCAUCUCCACACAACGAAUCCAUGCACUCUCCACCAUCGAGUCAGGCCGGUGAACUGUCGUCGAAGUUCUGUACAUCCUGUCGACUGCACGCCGUUCGCUCCACAGAGCUCGAAGCUGCGCUGUUAGCCAAAGGGCACGAAUUGCAGAAGUUCAAGGAAAUGAUGAGAGCGGUUGGUUGA